CGAUGUAGCUGUCAGAGCAUCAAGACUUCUUCAGUCUGUGGUUGUGAACAGGAAGUGCGGAGUGUGCGUGCAUUUGAGCUGAGAAAAUUAAUAACGCGAAUCAAAAAGUCUGACAUUUGUAGUCAUUGCGGGAGGUGUGUGCGUCUGCUGUGUGUGAAUACUGUACGCUUUGUCUGGAGAGGCAGAAGACGGAGGGUUGUGGUUCAUCUCUAGCCCAUCAACUGCUACUGCAAAACAAAGCAACCUCUUAUAAUAAAGAUGCACAGGAUGAGCCAUAAGCGCAGUAAAUGAUCACUUUGCAGGGAAUCUACCAGUGACAUCAUGAAUUUGGUCCGUCUCGUGUGUCGUCACAAGACAGCCCUGGCACUCAGUGUCUUCUUCUUAUUCGCCGUCGUCCUUUUGUUCCUCGCCAAAUGUACGUCUGAGACGCUGAAGCCGGCCGAGUCCCCAGGAGUGGCGCCGCGGGCCGAGUCACAUCAGAAGCAGCCGGCAGGGCCUCCUCACGCCAAAAAGCUCUCCACGUUCCUAGUCAUUCUCAUCACCACGGGCCCAAAGUACACGGAGCGUCGCAGCAUCAUCCGGAGCACCUGGCUGACCAAACACGAUCCCGAAGUGCUCUACUGGUUUGUCAUUGGCACCGAGGGUUUACCUCCAGAAGACCUCCAGAACCUCGGAACCGAGCAGAUCCGUCACCAUGACCUCCUCCUGCUCCCUGACCUCCGGGAUUCAUAUGAGAACCUCACGCAGAAACUGCUUCACAUGUACUCCUGGUUGGACCAAAACGUGGAGUUUAAAUUCGUUCUGAAGACCGACGACGACACCUUCACCCGCUUGAAUCUCCUCAAAGAGGAGUUGAAGACCAAGGAGCCCAGCCGACUCUACUGGGGCUUCUUCUCCGGCCGCGGGAGAGUGAAAACGGCCGGGAAAUGGAAAGAAAGUGCCUGGGAACUGUGUGACUACUACUUACCUUAUGCCCUGGGUGGAGGCUAUGUGCUUUCCGCCGACCUCGUGCACUACGUACGUCUCAACGUGGGGUUUCUAAAGACCUGGCAGAGUGAGGACGUGUCCUUGGGCGCCUGGUUGGCCCCCGUGGACGUGAAGCGGGUUCACGAUCCGCGCUUUGAUACGGAGUACAAGUCGCGCGGCUGCAGCAAUAAGUACCUGGUCACUCACAAGCAGAGUUUAGAGGACAUGUUGGAGAAGCAUCAGACGCUACAGCAAAAUGGGCGUCUGUGCAAAGAGGAAGUCAAACUGAGGCUGUCCUACAUUUACGACUGGAGCGUCCCGCCUUCUCAGUGUUGCCAGCGGAAGGAUGGCAUCCCCUGACUCUUUGACACCCGUGAUCAUAUGCAUUUUUUCCACUUGCUACUUAUUUAUUUAUUUAUUAUCAGUGUCGUGUGUCGAGCCGAAACAGCAUUUCUUAACCUAUUGAAA